GCUAUGAACAAAUGUUAGUAAAUCUUUGCACUUAUCUCAUAAAUUUUUGGUAUUUUAUUUAUUUGUUUUAAGGAGAUUAUAAAUAGUAAAAAAAUGAUUUUUUAAUAAAAUACUAUUAGCAACUAAUUAGUAGUUUAAGUUUAAAAAUAUGAGAGUUACCUGGAAUUGGACUGAACUUUGUGGUCCUGAUGAUUUUGUUCCUUUAUUUCGUACUGGUUAUGUUUUGAGUGUUUGUGCAGAAAUGGCAAUUAUUCGUCUGCCUAUUCUUUUCAUAUUCAUGCUAACAUCUACAUAUUAUUGUCGCCAUAUGUCUGAUUGGAUAAUACGCACAAGACGUGAAACUAAUAUACUUCGUUUUCGCAUAAUAGUUUCUAGUACGCUAUCAAUUUUAUCAGCUUUUCAACUUAUUUGGGAAGUAUAUGAGUUUACUGAAAGUAGAGUAUAUCCAAUUGAAAAUUUAGUUCUUGUGAUUCAAUGUUUUACAUGGUUAAUACACACAGUAUACAUUGUAUAUAUACGACAUCAUUUGGGCACAAGUUUAAGAGGAUCAAAAGUUGUAAUGAUUACUUGGUUUUUAUGUUUUUUAUCAUCAAUAAUCUCCUUGCGAAGCAUUUUUGUGGCCUUUAUUCAAAGUACUUAUAUACCAAUUUUACAAGUUAGAUUGUGGUUUACUCUUUUUAAUUGGAUGCUACAGAUUUUUUAUUUAAUUACUAUGUUUUUUAAAGAAGAUAUUGUAAGAAUAAGAUAUGUCGAUAGACUUCGUUUUCUUGCUCAGCAAUCGGUUGAUAGGCGUUCUUUGAUGACAGCAUCAUAUAGCCGUUUCAAUGAUGAAUUUGAUCCAUAUUAUUUGGGUAUGGCAUGUGAUCAUGAGCAUUAUACUUUUCUAUCUUGGCUUACAUUUGGUUGGGUUGGCAGACUUAUUACUAAAGGAGACAAAAAAAGAUUGCAUCAUACAAGUGAUUUAUUUGAUUUACCGGAAUGGCUUACUCCAGUUUAUGUAUCUGCCAAGAUAGAAGAAGUAUUUAGACAUCAGCCAUCUGUAAGAGCUACAUCACCCAUUCAUUUACCAGCUGACCAACAAUUUAGAACUCCAAAAAAAUCAUUAUUACAAGCUUUACAUGAAUGUUAUGGAAAACAAUUUUAUGGGAUCGGACUACUAAAGUUUAUGGCAGACAUUUUUGAAUUUGCAGCACCUAUAUUUUUAAAUAAACUGAUAACAUUUGUAUCUCAUCAUGAAGAGCCUAUGAGUCAUGGAUAUUUAUACAUGUCAGGACUUAUUUUAAUGUUACUUAUAAGUACUCUGUUUGGUGUACAUUAUGAAUAUCAAAUUCAUAUGAUUGGAAUAAAAAUUCGAGGUGCUUUAAUUACAGUGAUCUACAAAAAGACAUUGGAAUUAAAUACUGUAAUGCUGAAUGACUUUAGUAUUGGAGAAGUGGUAAACUUUAUGAGUACUGAUACAAGUAAUUUAGUAAAUGCUUGCAAUAGUUUUCAUUCAAUGUGGAGUGUACCUUUUCAGUUGGUGAUUGUUUUAUAUUUACUUUAUCAACAGCUAGGAAUUGCAUUUUUGUCUGGAGUAUUUGUGUCUAUUUUACUUAUACCUGUAAACAAAAUAAUUACUUCAAAUAUUGGUAAAUUAACUGGGAAAUUAAUGACUGAAAAAGAUAAACGUGUUAAGUUAAUGUCUGAAAUUAUUAGGGGUAUUCGAGUAAUAAAAUACCAUGUAUGGGAAAAAUAUUUCAUUGAUAAAGUUAGCAGUUAUCGUAAACCUGAAGUAAUGAAUUUGAAAAAAAGAAAAUAUUUGGAUGCUUUAUGUGUGUAUUUUUGGGCUACAACUCCAGUAACAAUAUCAGUAUUGACUUUUUCUACUUAUAUUUUUCUUGGAGGUCAAUUAACAGCGGCAAAGGUUUUUACCAGUAUGGCUCUACUUCAUAUGUUAAUUACACCAUUAAAUGCUUUUCCUUGGAUAUUGAAUGGUGUAACUGAAGCAUGGGUGUCAGUUAAAAGAAUUCAACGUUUAAUUGAAGUAGAUGAUUUACAAACACAAUCAUACUAUAGUUUAAUGCCAGUUCAUUAUGGAAAAACUUUUGACAACGCAAUAUCAUUAUCCCAGUGUUCUUUUAAUUGGGGACUUAGAUCAUUUCAACUUAAAAAUAUUAAUUUUUCAAUUGCUAAAGGAUCUUUAGUUGGUAUUACUGGACAGGUAGGCAGUGGCAAAUCUACUCUUUUGGCUGGAAUUUUAGCAGAAAUUAACAAAGACGAAGGAACAAUUGCGUCUUCAAAUAUGAGAGAUGGGUUUGCAUUUGUUGCACAAACACCAUGGAUUCAAAGAGGAACAAUAAGAGAUAAUAUUCUAUUUGGUCAAAGUUAUAGCCUGGAAAGAUACAAAUCAGUUAUCAGAAGUUGUGCUUUAGUUAAAGACUUAAAAGAAUUUCCUAGAGGUGAUUCUACUCUUAUUGGUGAAGCUGGAAUAACCCUAAGUGGUGGUCAAAAAGCUAGAUUAGCUCUAGCCCGAGCUGUGUAUCAGAAUAAAUUUAUUUAUAUAUUAGAUGACAUUUUUGCUUCGGUAGAUAUUAAUGUAGCGCAACAUCUCUUUAAACAUUGUAUUAACGGAUUACUUAAGGAUAAAACUCGUAUUAUUUGUACCCAUAAUAGUCAAUAUUUAGUCUCAGCUGAUUGGGUACUUAUAAUGAAUAAUGGUACUAUAAUAAAUCAAGGUCGACCUUUUGAUGUAUUAAGUGAUUAUGAAGUUAAAACUGUGGAUGUUAAGUUUAAUGAAGCCAAUAGUAUUGCUCACUCAACCAUGGAUGAUUGGAUACCGAAUAAAGAAACAAUGGUUGAAAAUAAUUUGAAUGAUGGAGAAAAUCAAGAAGAAGGAGUUGUUGCAUUAUCAGUUUAUAAGCAAUAUUGGAAAUCUGUUGGAAGUUUUAUUGGAUGGAUGAUAUUGGUUGCUUUAAUUGUUAUGCAGAGCUCAAGAAAUGUAUCAGAUCUAUGGUUAUCUUAUUGGGUUAAUGAAAUUACAAAUAAAGAUGAAGAUAAUUCAAUAAAAAAUUUACAAGAUAAAAACAAUAAAUAUUUAUAUACUUAUACUCUGAUUGGUAUGAUAAAUUCUAUCGCUACAUUUUUUAGAGCCUUUAUUUUUGCAUAUGGUGGUAUAAAAGCUUGUAAAACUAUUCAUAAUAGUUUGUUAACAUCUAUAAUGAAUGUGAAAACUUCAUUUUUUGAUGUUGUUCCUCUUGGUAGAAUAUUAAAUCGAUUUUCAUCAGAUACAAAUAUUAUUGAUGAUGCUUUACCAUUUAUUUUAAAUAUUCUUUUAGCACAAUUUUUUCUCGUCAUUGGUACUUUAGGUUCCAUUGUUUUUGGUGUACCUUGGGCUAUAAUUAUUGUUGUAGUACUUACUCCUGUAUAUUAUAAGUUACAAAUUCGAUACAGAAAUUCGUCACGAGAACUGAGGCGUAUAUCAACUGUAGCACUAUCGCCGCUGUAUAAUCAUAUAAAUGAAUCAUUGCAAGGGUUAGCUACAAUACGUGCUUUUAGAGUUGUAUCAAGAUUUGAACGUGAAAAUGAAGACAAACUUGAAAACUAUUUAAAAGCAGAAUUUUCUUCACUAUUGGCUUCUUUAUGGUUCAAGUUCAGAUUAAGAAUUAUUGGUUUAACAGUGUUAUUCUUCAUCAGUUUGAUUGCUGUAUUUAUUCAUAAAUGGAAUCUUACAAAUGCAGGAUUUCUUGGGUUAUCAUUGACUUAUGCAUUAACAUUGACAAAUAUGCUUGGAGGGUUAGUGAGUGCCAUUGCAGCAACAGAAUGUGAUAUGAUUAGUUUAGAACGUGUUCUUGAUUAUAUUGUAAAUACAGAAAGUGAGAAUGAUAACGAAGAAACUAUGUCACCUCCUUUUGCUUGGCCAACAAAUGGAAUUAUACAAUUCUCUAAUGUUUUUCUAAAAUAUAGACAAGAUUGUCCUAUGUCACUGAAUGGAAUUUCAUUUGAAACUACUUCAUCUGAAAAGAUUGGUGUGAUUGGUAGGACAGGGGCUGGAAAAAGUUCAUUGUUAGCUGCAUUAUUUAAAAUGUCUGACAUCAGUAGUGGUGAUAUUUUAAUAGAUGCUGUCAACAUUUCAAGAAUUUCAUCACGGCAAAUAAGAAACCGUUUGUGUGUUAUACCUCAAGAUCCUUUCUUGUUUGAAGGUACUAUACGUGAAAACAUUGAUCCAUUCAAAGAAUACAUGGAUUCAAAUAUAUGGUCUGCAUUGCAAUGCUGCCAUUUAGUUCCAACAAUUAAACGUUUAGGUGGAUUGGGUUGUUAUUUAGGAGAAAAUAGUAGCUUAUCUGUAGGAGAAAAACAAUUGUUGUGCUUAGUGAGAGCUAUACUAAAAAAUGCUAAGGUCAUAUGUGUUGAUGAAGCAACUGCCAAUGUGGAUGAAAUGACUGACCGCAAAAUACAAGAAACAAUAAGAACAGUGUUUAAGCAAAGUACUGUUAUUACAAUUGCUCAUAGAAUACGCACUGUUAUGGACAGUGACCGAAUCUUAGUGAUGGACCAUGGGAAAGUGGUAGAAUUUGAAUCGCCAAAUAUUUUAUUACAAAACAAAAAUUCAUAUUUUUAUAAUUUGGUUCAACAAGAAUUUAAAUGACUACUAUUGUGAUCUCAUUUGAACAACAAUGUAAUCUUAUCUUCAUCCAGUGGCAGCAAUCCUAAAAAUUAAUGGUGUUGCUGAAUGAACUAUAGGACACCAACUCACCCACUCAUACAUAUUACC